CGGAGUCAGCCGUCAGGGCCUGCUAGUAGGGUGCGGAGCCCAGCGACACAGCAGCUUCGGAGUUGGUCCCGAGCCGACGACCAACAUGCUGCAUCCAUGACCUGAGCCCCGUGCCCUGAGCGCCGCCGUCAACACCAUGAACGUCGUGUUCCUGGCCGCCCUCGGCCUCGUGCUGCUGGCGCAGCGCAGCCCCCUCGGCGCCGUGGCGCGAUCCAGCUUCGACGACGACGACCUCAACUGCAAGGAGAUGGACUACGAGUACGCCCUGACGGAGUGCGACUCGCAGCGCGGCCGCUGGCGGGUGCAGGUCCCCAGGUCGGGCCGCUGCGCCGACAACAACCCCCGGCCGGCGCGUCGCAUCGAGCAGUGCCACAUCUCCUGCGAGGCGGGCUUCUACUACGACCUGGGCGACCUGUCGUGCCGCAUGUGCAGGCCCGGCACGUACUCGCUGGGCGGCGGCGUGCUGCUCGAGUCCUUCCAGGACCGGCUGCCCGACGGCUUCACCUCGCAGGUGGAGACGUUCCGGUCCUCGUUCACCACGCACCGCGGCCUCGCCGGCGACAUCGACUGCAGCCAGUUCGGCUGGAGGGCGCGCGGCGGCUACCUCGCCUCGCUCGGCGGACCGUGCGCCGCCACGCUCACCUACGACGUGCACCUCGUCAAGCCCGGCAACCUGACGUACACCUACCAGUACCCGGACAAGGACGUCAUCUUCGACUUUGAGGCCCAGAACGCGCAAUGCCAGAGCCUGCGCGACUCCAAGGAGUUCCGCUGGCCGCAGUACACGCGCGAGGCGGGCGAGUGGAAGAAGCAGACGGUGCGGCUGCUGACGGGGCAGAACGUGCUGCAGUGGAAGACGCUGGGCAUGGACCACGGCCAGAGCAGGCCCGUGGUCAUCAAGAGCAUAGAGAUCAGCGGCGUGUCGCUGACGUCGCCCUGCCUGCCCUGUCGCGCCGGCACCUUCAGCGAGGGCGGCGCCCGGCUCUGCACCGAGUGCCCCGAGAACACGUACUCGGACUCCGAGGCCUCCAGCUGCCGCGCCUGCAACCCCGUCACCGAGUACGCCUCCAAGGGGUCGCCGUCGUGCCGGCCGCGGCUGCCCUGCAGCAGACAGGACUACUACGAGAAGCGGACGCCCUGCGACGCCGACAAGCAGACCCAGCGCGUCUACGAGUGGAUCGCCCCCAAGAUCUGCCGCGACGACCUGCCCGGCGCUGAGCAGCUGCCGCUGCCGUCGCCGCGCCGCCAGUGCGCGCCCUGCAACCCGGGCAUGGACUACGGCAACGGGUCGUCGUGCGAGCCGUGCCCCAGGGGGUCCUGGAGCGACGGCAACACGGCGUGCCGCGCCUGCCCGCCCGGCUCCACGCCCAACUACGGCAUCCAGGUGGCGCGCUGGGUGGAGCUGCCCUCCUUCAUGAGCGCCGCGUGCCUGGAGCCCGACGGCUCGACGUGCCAGAGCGGCGCGGGCUGGCAGGUGGCCGGCACCUACAUCCACACCACCAGGCACCACUCCUCCGGCGCCUACCUGCUGCUGUCCAUCACGGUGGCCGGCUUCCGCUCCAAGGGCGGCGUCACCGUCACGGGGGCGGCCGGCGGGGCGGCGCGCCGCCUGGAGGUGGGCCGCGUCGAGUUCUCCUUCGAGCUGGACUGCAACGCCGAGUGCGAGUUCGUGUUCCUGCAGACGAGCGACACCAAGGGCAUGACGGUGGUGGAGAGCUGGUCGCAGCGCCAGGCGCGGCAGACCUACAGCUACGCCGUCAUGCAGAACGACUCCUACACGUUCAGCUGGGCGUUCCAGCAACUGGGCUCCGGGCCGGCCGGCGCGGUGGACGCCGUGGCCGGCGCCAUGGGGCUGGGGGUGGACGACGACGGCGCGCGCCGCGGCUUCGUCGACAUGGCCAAGAUCUUCUUCAUCAACGUGACCAACACGGUGGACGGCGGCGCGGCCUCCUGCCUGCCUUGCCACCACGACUCGGACUCGGAGGGCUGCCUGCCCUGCCCGCCCGGCCAGUACAUGGAGCCCAAUGGCACCGGCUGCCACUUCUGCCCGCCAGACACCACCGCGGUGGAGCCCCUGGUGGCGGCCAGGCUCGGCCAGGACGCGUGCCAGCCCUGCGGCCCGGGGCUGCACGCCGAAAACGGCGGCAGCUGCGAGACCAACUGCGUGUUCGACAUCGACGACUACACGUACGACCUGCGCGCGCUGGACAAGCCCGUGGCGGUGCACGGCAGCCGGCUGUUCACGGCCUCGGGGGCGCAGUACUACCACCUGUUCAACAUGAGCCUCUGCGGCACCAGCGAGCCGGCCGAGUGCAGCAACACCAUCACGGUGGGCGACAGCAGCGCCACCGAGGCCGGCAACGUGGCCGCCUUCAUCUGCAGGACGACCGUGAUCCCCGGCCAGGGCCCGAUCGGCGGCGGCCAGGGGGACCUCGUCAGCGACGGUGAGGAGCAGACCUUCUCGACGCAGUCCGUGGCGCUGGGCGACGAGCUGCUGGCCGUCACCUCCAACACCACCUACAUGCACAUGAAGGUCAUCGACGAGUUCGUGCAGCCCGACUUCAAGGACAUCCACUUCUUCUACGCCACGCCGCUGCCGACGCGCUCGUGCCCCAAGGGCCGCACGGCCGUGCUGACGCUGCGCUGCGACCCGUCCGAGAACGGCAACUCCACCAUCACGCUGCCCGCGCAGUGGCCGGACGGCACCUCGGACGGCUGCAACUUCAACUUCAUGUGGAAGAGCAAGGCGGCCUGCCCGGCCUGCCGCGAGAGCGACUACACGACGGUGAAGGGCGAGUGCGUGAACCGCGGCCAGGCGGUGCACUACCUGCCCGCCAAGCACUGCCACCCCGCCACGCCGGAGCCCAGCACGGUCUACGUCGCCUGCACCACGCAGAUCCCGCUGGAAGUGCAGCUGGUGGUGGCCGUGUCGGUGGCGCUGGCGCUGAUGCUGUGCGGCUGCAUGAUGCACUUCUGGCGCAAGACGCAGAGCCUGGAGUACAAGUACAUGAAGCUGGUGCAGUCCAACGGCGGCCGCGACGGCGACGGCGACCUGGACGCGGACUCGUCCCUGCCGCCGGCGGAGAGCUGCGCGCUGGGCGAGGAGGACGCCGAGGAGGAGGACGUGGCCUUCGCGGCGCCCAGCUCGCAGGGCCUGCUGAACCGCAUCCGCGCCAUGCGCAGCAAGCCGGAGACGGGGAAUCCGUUUGAGACCGUCAAGUUGACGAUGCAAUGAAGAGACGAGGAAGACUCCUCCUUACAGUGCAGCGGCGGCGCGGUGAAUGUCGUCGCGAUACGGGGAGAACGCCCAACAUCUCACAAUCCCCCAUCCCCUCUUCGUUCGUCAAGACAGAUUGAGACACGAGAUCAUGGUUAUAAAAAACAGAAGGAUGGAAACUGUGUCAAUUUUUUCCCCAAAUGCGGUAGAUUUGUUUAUUUCUUAUUUUGUUAUGGGGCCGAAAUGUCUUUAGGCCAGAAACUGGAGCUGUGGUGAAAAAAAUCGGAAACGGCUGUAGCACUGACCGAAAAGUCAGACUAUUGUGAUGUUUAGUAUUCUAUCGCUUUAGUUUUGGAUUAUGUGUGUGUAACGUGUGUGUCUUUAUGUGCGUGUGUGCAUUGUGUGAGUGAGUGAGCGCAGUGUCGUAUUAUUAGUGAGUGAAAAGUUGAGCAAAGAUCUCUCCUUCACGGACCCCUGUCACGGUCUCGUUGAUAGAAAAUUCGCCAUCGUCUGUGGUGGUUCUUGCUGGGUGCCAAUGAAAUUUGAAGCGUUGUUCGCUACUUUAUUUUUAUGCUGCUCGUGAGUUAAAUGUUAGAGCAGUGAAUCCACCGGUUUCCUGCCCGCACAAAUAAGCUUUUUUUUUUUUUUUUUUUUUCGAAAAAAAAAAAGUUCAGCACAAAACCUUUCACGAACAGUGGUAACUCGAUGGAACCAAGGUUGGAACUUCAGUUCUGUAUUUUAUAGCUCCAAUCGGUGGAAAAAACGACGACAAAAUUAUUAUUAUUUCUUUGCCUGCCGAAAAUUUUCUUAAGUACUUGAAACAACAAAAAGUGUGAUUAGCUCUAAAUGUUUGAGUCUGCGAAAAUGUGUCGACCUCAACGUGUCCUUUGGUUUCAUUUUUUUUAAUCCGAUCCCUGGAUAGGUGCACAAAUGCACAAGUAGAUCCCCGUUCGUGCCGGGAUCCUUGCUGGAUUCUUUUGAGACUGAAACGUGAGGAGUUUGGGCUUGCUGCCCGGUUUAGUCGGACUUUAACCCACCCCUCCCUUGAGCCCCCCUCCCCCUCCCCUCCUCAUCCCAUCCCCUUCCGCCUUUUUUUUCAAGUUAUGUAUUUUUCUCUCCAUUCAAUGUAGUCUAUUCAAAGAUUUAAUCGGACAUUUACGAAAAAUAUGGAAAAAAAAAGUUUGAAAUAAACUUGUUUUAUUUGGCUUUA